UUGACUUUGAAUAGCUUUGAAAUAAAUGAGGAUCAUUUUUUUGCAACAGUGAGUAGUAUUAUUUUCGCCGAAAAAUGUAUAAGCUUACUAAGGGAGCAUUGGAAAAAAUGGUAGACGGCAAUUACGUCCAUGAACCGAUAGUACAAGUCCUGAAGUAUAGGAAGUCAAGCAGCAAGGAAGAGGAAGAGAAUGUGGAAUACAAGCUAGUUCUAUUUGAUGGAGAUCACAUAUAUUUCUCUGCUGUAUUGUCUCCACCACUAAACUCAUUGAUAACAGAGAAUGUACUGACGGACUUUUCUAUUUGUAAGAUAAAGAAAUAUACUGUGACAUGUACUCAGAAAAGGAAAAGAGUAAUAAUACUGAAUCUAGAUAUAAAAGUUCCUGGCAGUAAAGUGGGAGGCAAAGUUCAUGAUUUAGAUGACCCAAUUGAUUCUAAUUCAAAGAAAGAGGUUGCAUUGCAAGUCCCACAGCCAAGCACAUCAGACACAAAUAUAUCAACGAUUCCCAUUAGUGCUUUGAAUUCAUGUUGCAAAAAUUGGGUAAUAAAAGCCAAAGUCAUAGCCAAAUCGCCUAUCAAAACAUGGCAUAAUCCACGUGGCUGUGGACAAAUGUUCUACAUGGAUCUUGAAGAUGGUAGCGGAGAAAUUAGAUGCACAGCAUUCGACAAGGAGUGCGAUACAUUUUUCAACGUGAUUACAAUUGGAAAAGUGUAUUACUUUUCCAAAGCUGUCAUAAAGCCAGCAAAGCAAUUCAUAAAGAACAACUAUGAAAUCUUGCUAGCCAGAUAUUCACAAAUCGUUUUAUGCAAUGAAAAACAACCGUCGAAUCUCGUAUUUAAUUUUACAUCACUGAGCGAUCUAAAUGAAAAACAGAAUAACGAUGUAGUCGACGUUUUGGCUAUCAUAGAAAGUUGUGGGAUGGUUCAACGAGUGAGAGGACGAAGCGGUGACAUGAAUGUUAAAGAAAUUCAGCUUACUGAUAAGAGCAAUACCAUAGUGAAAUUGUCGUUAUGGGAUUCCUAUGCAACAACUUUCUGUGGAAAGAGUGGUCAGAUACUGGCUGUAAAGGAAGCGAAGAUCCGCAAUUUUAAUACACAGAAGCUACUGUCAACCACUAAAUCCACAAUUUUUGAAAUUGAUCCAGACAUCCCAGAGGCCCAUAAUUUGCGAGCUUAGUUUCAUAGGAUUAGUUCUAGAUCGAAAUGUAACAUUUCUAAAAGAUGUUACAUCUUCUCUGUACAUUAAUCAUUAGACGUAAUAUCAUGUUUGUACUUGGAAAGUCGUUUAUUUUUUUACAUUGUUAAAUCAUUGAAUAUUUAAUGUUAAUAAAGAUGAUAUCAAUUAAAAUGUUUAUUGCUGUUCAAUCCUAUAAAGCCCAUUCGUAUUAUUUUAUCUUA